AUGCCUACCGACUGCACUAAACGUAGUGCACAGCAUUCGCGCACAGGAAGCUCCGAAGUAGGAAGGCUUGUGCAGGAUUACGACGAACAUACGGAUCAACGGCGACCACAUGAGCUUGGAUUCGGUUAUUACUACCAGGGAGAUAUCAUGCUUCCCGAUGAGGAACAGGACGUCGCGCGCGUAUCACUCUCCGACAGGUAUUACACGUCUGUUUGGCCAAAUGCGAUCGUACCCUACUACAUUGAACCAGGGACAUUCAAGCCAAACGAGAUACUCAUAAUUGAACGAUCAAUGGCUGAGCUGCAGAGACAAACGUGCGUCCGGUUCAUACCUCGCACCCCACAAACGACACACUUCGUGCGCAUUACUAGCCGCAGCUCAGGUUGCUUUGCCUCGGUCGGGCGUCAAGAGGACAACAGUCGGAAUAUCCUUAAUCUGCAGACCCCAGCUUGUUUAUAUAGAGGAACACCGGUCCACGAGCUGAUGCACAUUUUGGGCUUCCUGCACGAAGUGAGCCGUGUCGAUCGGGACGAAUACAUUUACAUCGACAGAAAUGCUUUAAAGCCUGAGUAUCAGACGGACAGCUUCUUUAAUACCAACUUCGGAAAGGCAGCAGACGGGAUGACAACAACCUACAACAUCUCAUAUAAUUAUGGAAGCAUCAUGCAUUACAGCAAAACCGCUGGUUCAAAGGAUGGACGGCAGCAGGUGCUUUACAAUCUGAAGGAGUACAAUAAGCCUGACUUCGGAAGCGAUCAUGCAAUACCAUCGGACAUCCAGGCUAUCAAUAUGGCCAAACGGGAUCAGCCAAACGAGAUUCUCAUAAUUGAACGAUCAAUGACCGAGCUGCAGAGACAAACGUGCGUCCGGUUCAUUCCUCGCACCCCACAAACGACACACUUCGUGCGCAUUACAAACCGUCAUGCAGGCUGCUUUGCCUCGCUUGGUCGACAAGAGGACAACAGUCAGAACAUUCUUAAUCUGCAAACGCCUGUCUGUCUUUUCGGUGGAACACCGGUCCACGAGCUGAUGCAUACUUUGGGCUUCCUGCACGAAGUGAGCCGUGCCGAUCGGGACGAAUACAUUUACAUCGACCGAAAUGCUUUAAGUCCUGAGUAUAAGACGGACAGCUUCUUUGCUACCAACUUCGGAAAGGAUGUGGACGGGAUUACAACGACCUACAACAUCUCGUAUAAUUAUGGAAGCAUCAUGCAUUACAGCAAAACUGCUGGAUCAAGGGAUGGACGGCAGCAGGUGCUAUACAAUCUUAAGGAAUACGAUAAGCCUGACUUUGGAAGCAACCAUGCAAUGCCAUCAGACAUCCAGGCUAUCAAGUACCGCUACUGCAAUGCAACCAUCGAUCGCAGCAGCGUUUUCUCCACACUGCCCUUUUACCCGAAGCCAAACUAA